CACGGCAGUGUCUGAAAUUGUUGCAUUCGCGUCCAAAUCUUGUAACUCUCACGCGACCUCGCCCAGAAAGUUAAUAAGACCCCAAUCUUCUUCUCCAAAGCUACAAACCCUACAAAUUCACUUUCACCGAACCCUAAUUCCACUAAAUCCCGCGCCUUCCUUCCUCAGCCAUGCCGAAGAACAAAGGAAAAGGAGGUAAGAAUCGCAAGAGGGGAAAGAACGAGGCCGACGACGAGAAACGCGAGCUUGUAUUCAAGGAGGACGGCCAGGAGUAUGCUCAGGUCCUUCGCAUGCUCGGCAACGGGCGGUGCGAAACCAUGUGCAUCGAUGGAACCAAGCGUCUCUGCCAUAUUCGAGGCAAGAUGCACAAGAAGGUAUGGAUCGCUGCCGGCGACAUCGUUCUUGUCGGUCUCCGUGAUUACCAAGACGAUAAGGCUGAUGUAAUUCUCAAAUACAUGCCUGAUGAGGCCCGUCUUCUGAAGGCCUACGGUGAGCUCCCUGAGAGCACUCGUCUUAACGAGGGCAUCGCAGGCGGUCUUGAUGAGGAGGACGAGGGGGCUGGUGAUGACUACAUCGAGUUUGAAGACGAGGAUAUCGAUAAGAUCUAGGGCUGCGCUGAUUGCGAUAUGGCAAGUUUUUCUGGUUGAAAAUUUCUCUUGCUAUCUCCUUGAUAAUAAUUAAAUUUUAGGGAUUUUUGUUUUUUUUUUCUUGUUUUUCCCUCUGGCAAGGCUCUCUGAUAAUCAGGAUUCGGAAAUUUGGUGCUUUGAUCAAGUUUCAAACUUGGGUUUCAAACUUGGGUAGAGCUGCCAUACUUAUGCUGCUGAUGCUUAUAUUUCCAUUUAAUGUAUCGUAUGGAUAUUGUCCUUCAGUUUGUAUUUUGUACUGUUAUACUGAAUUGACAACUGUUUGAUUGGCUCAUGUUAA